AUGAUGCCUUUCCCAGUGCCAUCCAUCCCUCCAGUCACUGACUUGUUCCGCUAUUUGCAGGAUUCUCGUACAUUGUUCGAAGAAACAAUAAUGAACUGUUGCAAAACACAAUUCUCAUUGCUAUUUUGUCUGAGCACAACUCUGCUGUUACUUCUCACCACAGUCGUAGUUGAGGCCGAGGAUGCGGUGGAUUCAAAGGUGGCUGUUGAGAAACUGAUCAAAGAGUUGAUGGAAAAACAAAUUUGUCGACUGUUUCGAACCAAAGGAUUGGCGAUGAUAAAGAGUCAACCCCAACUGAUGGAAGUGUCAAUAAAAAAUGUAUCAGAAAACGUGGACAACUAUAAAGCCAAAAUCAAAACCGGCCCAGGUGUUUGCUUCUAUUUUGAAGCACCCCACGUGGAUUCUGGAGAAAGACAACUACAGGAUCUCCAAACAUACGCAUGCGAAAAUUUAUUGCCCAUUGAAGUAAUCAAAGAAGGUCAAUAA